AUGCUGAAAAUUACAUUUUUAACGCUAAUUAAGGGAUUUGAACCUGUGAGGAGAUUGGUAAGGAAGAGGGAAGUUGGAUUUAAGGGGUUGUGGGUAGGGGCCUGGAAAGAGAGAGCAAGAGAUUUGAGGUUGUGGGUGGUAGAUCUUGGCUGGGAAGCUGGUGCUAGCGUUUAGAGAAGAUUAUUGUGGUUUUGAGGAUCCUUUUGAUAUAGGAGGGAUUUUGGCUUCAGAGAGUUGGUUUUUUGUAGUGAUUGUAGUGUUAGAAAUUUCUUAUUAGAGUGUUAUCAAGAUUCUCUAGUUUUUGUAGUGAGAUAUGAGAGAAAUUAGAGAGGUUAAUGCUCUGAGUAUGUAUAUGUGGCCAAAGAGAUAUUUAAGAUGGAACAGGAGGUAUUCAUAUCGUCUGGAAAGCUUCAAGAAGUAAGAAUAUCGCUAAAGAAAAUUUUAACUUCUUAAUUAGAUGCUAAAAAUUCUUUAAAGUGAAAAUAGAGGGGACUGAUUAGGAAAUCCUUCUAAAAGAAGGACUUUAAUUAAAUUUUAGUAGUCGGAGAAAUUAGCUUCAUAAAAAAUAAGAUUUUGGAUUAAAGAUAUCAAGAUACGAGUUUUUAAGCCAAGAAAUUAUGUCUAGAAAUAAGAUUUGAAACUAGGAGAUGAGAGUAGUAACUUAUUUAAAAUCUAAAUAAUUAUAAGAAGGUAUGAUUAAAAUUGAAUUUAAAUCCUUUACUUCAGCCCCGUUUCAAAAACUAAUACUACAAAGCAUCAAAAUCAUCAGAGCAUCUCCUAGUGACCAAGGAUCCUUGUGAUAAUCGGCUUCCUAAACUGGAUAUCACAAGGCUUCAUAAUUGUAGCUGUUAGAUCAUCAACAUCAAAAUUUAUGCUAAUAAUCCUAAUUGUACCAUGAUUGUACUCGGCAGAAGUUCUUCCUAUUCUUAAUUUCAGAAAGAAUUUCUGAAACUAAAUAUGACAAGAAACAAUGAACAUUAACUAUAAGCUAUGAAUGAGAGGAUGAAAGAAGGCCACUCCUAAGCAUAAUUUAUUACCCUUUUAUCUAAACUCUC